AUGGAAGAGGCUCAACCCCAGCAGGCCCUACACCAAUGGUGCACGCCUGGGAGUUCCACCCAGGAGACGGUCAUGGUCCUAGUGCCUUCCUCCCACUCUAGUUGCUUGCCCAUUGGCAAGGCCCUACGGUUAAGGAGGGGAAAGGGACUGGUUGACUAUUUGGAUAUUUUCAUCCCUACACAAAGUUUAGAGACAAGAAACGCUAAUACUUCUGAGCAGGUGGACAAAACACCAAAUUUAAUUGUGAGUCAAGAAGAACUGACAUCCGUACAAUUAAAGGAAGAUGAUAAGACUCAAAAAGACCAAAAGGAGCAUGUUACCAGUCAGCAGGAAUGCAGUAUGCCUGGAGAAGUAUUUUGCUUGGAACUUUCAGUUAAUACUGAGACCACCGCAACCUUAGAUAAUAAGGAAGCCUCUGUUAAGAAGGCAGAAGAAAGUGAUGAUAGUGAGUUAACACAGAUUGAAGACCUAAGGAAGUCACAAGUAAAUUCUUCUAGUGGUACUUUUGUCAAACAGGACAACAAUUUGCCUUCAUUUCCAUCUAAAAUAGAGCCUCAGAUGGAAGGUUUGCCCAAAGCAUCUGAACUUAAACCUAGCCAAGGAAAAACAGUGUUGAAAACUUUAGAGCACAGUUCAAGCAGCAUACAGAAAACAAAGGUUAAGUGUGGCUCAGUGGGGACAACUGAAAUAUUUACAUCAGGGGCUGCAUCAGUAACUACAGUUAAUAUCUUGCCAAAGGAAUCUGCUGCUGAUACAACUUUUUCAAAAACUUUACUUACACCUUCUGAACUGGUUGAUGUUCCCACUGAUGUAAAGUCACACAAACUUGAAAUGACAGAACUCACAGUUUCAAGCAGUUUGUUAGAUACUGUUCCUACAGAAACCCAUGUCAUGAAAACCAGAGUAUGUUUUUCACAUUUUCCAAAAUUUUUGCCAGUGUCAAAUGCAGAGGAUAUCCCGAAUUUUCAGCCAUCUUCCUGUUUGGAUACUCACCAUGAGGAUAUGGAGAUUCAUACAGAAGAUAUAGAAGCCUGCUCAGAAACAGUACAGAAAGAAAUAACUCCUAGAGAUGACAAACCAGUACAAUUAGGACCUAAGAAUGUUGAAAUGAGGGAAGAGGUCCAAGAUGUUGUGCAGGAAACACCAGAAGAUGAACAGGAAAAGAUGGAAGAAGGAGAGGUGGGUCUGAGCAGUACUCUUUGUCUUGCUCUUUCUCAAAGUCAGGCUUUCUCUCCUUCUAUGGAAACAGAUGAUGAAGAACAUAAGACGGACAGCAACUCUUUUAAAGGCCAAGGGGGUCAUGACAAUUCCAUAACUCUCAUGUCUGCAAAGGAGAGAAACUCCAAGAUAUGUUGUUUUGAAGAAGGGGUGCAAAGAGAAAGCAUACAUGGAGGGGAGAUCAUGCUAAGUCAUAGAAUCCUAGUGAAUGAAAGUGAUACUGUACACAAUAGUGAAAGAGAGACAGGUUCUCAAGAUAAAGAAGUAUCAUCUGAGGUGGUAAACUUGGUGUCUUCUGAAGAAUCUGUUAUUCCCAAAGUUAAGGAUAUGGACGAAGGGGAGGAAGAUGCAGUAGAGAAUAUAAGUGGGAUAGUUCAGGAGGCAAAAAUAAAGAGCAGUGCUUUUGCACAGAAUUUGGAAGUGCAGGCAAGUGGACCUGAAAAGGUAGAACUGAGGAUGUCUAUGGAAACUGCCAGCCACCAAUCAGACAAGAACAUUGGAAAUUCAGUUACAAAGACCUUAAGCGAUAGUUCUGGGGAUAUUCCAUUUCACUUUACUCUUCCUAAGGAUGGAGAAAUGGUUCACCAUGUAGCUGUUGCCACACCCCCUUUACUUGGACCCCUAAAGCUAGCCCCUCGCCACAGCACUCCAAUAGAGUUGGGUUCCUGUUCUGAAACUGGGAACCUUUAUGAGGACCGUGCAGUGCCAACCAGUGAUAUUGCUGCUGAGGAAAUCAGGGUUGUGGCUGAAUCUAAUGAAGGAAAGUUGAGCCUUCAAAUGAAGAUGGUAAUGCCCUCAAGUGAGGAGAGCCCCGAAUCUGCACAAUUUAGUCUACAGAAGCCCAUUUUAUCUGAAGAAGAAAUUGUUUCUACAACUGAAAACAUUUCUAACGCUAUACCAAGUCCCAUCCAAAACCAGUCCAUCUUUAGCCGGGUUUGCGAAGCACGAAGGCAGGGAGUAGAGGUGAUCCAUGUGCCUUCAAAGAGCAGUUCUGGUAGCAUUUCUGCCUUGCACAGCGGAGAAUCCAUUUCGGAUGGCCCUAGAACUCAGAGACUCAAGCAUAUUUCUCGCAGUCAUGCAGUGAUGUCCAGUGACUUAGAUAUAGUAGAGGAGCCAUGUGAAAUGCCAUUAAGAGAGGAUGUAGAGCUUCAGUCAGGAUCUGCCACGUAUCACAGUAAAGAGGGCUGCCUGACUAAACUCAACUACAACGAAUGGGAGAGCCAAACUGAAAUGUUGGUGCAAAGGCCGGUUACAGAAGCCAGCACACAAACUGAGGGCCAUCUAAAGGCAUGUGUGGAGGAGCUGGAGCCAAGAGAAAAUAUCUUGAAGAGUUGUAGCAUGGGAGUUCAAACUGAGAGCACAAAUCAGAUUUGUCAAAGGGCUAUCUCUCAGCAGACAAGUUUUGAUGCCAGUAUCCCCCUGAAUGAGUCUGGGAAGGUGCACCAACUUGCAGUCACUAAGCAAACAAGUUUUGAUAACAACAGUCCUCUGAGCAUGCCAAGCAAGCAGAAAGAAGUGUCUCAGCGGAUGAGUUGUGAUGACAACAGUAAACAAGAAUCCAUAACCAAGGAUGAGGCUACUCCACCAUUCCUGUCCAUUCCAGGUCAUUCAAUUUCUAGACAUGUUAGAACAACACGUGAGAUCCGAACCACUGUUACACGCAUCAUAACGGAUGUCUACUAUGAGAAUGGGAAGGAAAUAAAUCGUACAGUUAUUGAGGAAUCGGAUGAACCAGUGGUUGACUGUCGUGUAUCAGAGAGUGAUAUGUCAUCUUCACGUUCCCGUUGCUCCAUGACAUCUGGUGACCUUGGUGAUAUCAGUUCAUUAUCCUCCAAAGCAUCUAGUCUACAACGUAGCUCAAGUGCCACCAGUAGCACUGGAGCUGCACCUGUGAAAGCAGUGCCCUCUGAGACAGCUGGUGAAUUUGCAAUCCCAACAGGCCGUCAAGGCCCAUUCAAAUCUGCUAGCCCACAGAAGUCAUGUAUUCAACUGCAUGGGUCACUGGGGUGGCCAGAAAGUCCUGAAGGGACAGUUUCAGGUAGAGAGGACAGAGACAGAGCUUCAAGGAGGCCCCUAAGCUCACAAGGAAGGGGGAAGAGAGGCCGGCCCUCAUCUUGUACCUCAUCGUACAGUAGAAAUGAUUUGAUUACGGCACAGAAGGAUAAGACACCAAGUUCUGUCAGCUCAUCUUCUGAGGAGAGUAUCACAGCAUUCACACAAGUUUGCUCUCGGCCAGAUUCCAACAAAUCUCAUUUAGUCUGUGAAGCCUCACCACAUGGGGCACUGCGGCGCUCCAAUUCUCCAGAAAUUGCCCUUUUGUCACCACAGUCCACUGAUACUAGCAGCAACAGUUUUGUAGGCCUUCGUGUUGUUGCAAAGUGGUCAUCCAAUGGCUAUUUCUACUCUGGGUGCAUCAUUCGUGAUGUGGGAGCUGGACGCUUUCGGUUGCUUUUUGAUGAUGGCUAUGAAUGUGAUGUUCUGGGCAAAGACAUACUUCUUUGUGAUCCUAUCCCUCUAGAAACUGAAGUUACAGCUCUCUCUGAUGAUGAGUACUUUAGUUCAGGCGUUGUGAAAGGACAUAAGAAACAGGGCACUGAUUUUUACUACUGUGUCGAGAAAGAUGGUCAGCGCAAGUGGUAUCGCAGGAUGGCAGUGAUCCUUUCAUUGGAACAAGGCAACAGACUAAGAGAGCAAUAUGGACUAGGUCCUUAUGAGCCAACAACACCCUUUACCAAAGCCUCUGAUAUUAGCUUAGACAACCUUGUAGAAGGAAAACGAAAACGACGGUGCAACUUAAUGAACAAUAGUACUCCUAGCAGGACACCAGCAGAAAGUCCAAGAGGUUCCGGAUGUAGCAGCAAGAGGAAACUUAUGUGUUCUGAAGACGACCAGUCCCCUGCUAAGCGUGGACGAAAAUCAUCAUUCCCCAAAAAAGCUUGGCAACAUGGAGAGAUGCGUUCUACUUCAGAGAGUGGAUGUGAUCUGCCUCCCAACUCCUCGGAUCUAAUAGAAACAUUUGGUCCACUUCCACAAAGCACUUCUCUCUUUCUUGGCUAUGCUUUUCUGCUGACCACAUCUUCAGAGAAUGAUCGAGAGACCAAUCACCCAGGAGACAAUAAGGAGGAAGAGUAUGUGGAAACAGCUCCUUAUAACAAGCAAUACACAGAGAGACAACUGAGAGCAGGAGGAGGCUAUGUCAUGCUGGAUGUCAGUGACAGCCAGUGUAACUCAUCUUAUGAGAGACUUCUUAUUGCUGACCAGCACUGCCGUACACAAAAGUAUCUGCUGAGUGUAGCAAAUGGAAUCCCCUGUGUGUCGCACAUCUGGGUGAGAGACUGUUGCCGUGCUAACCAGACCUUGAGCUUCAGGAACUACAUGUUGCCAGCUGGUCUUGGAUUACUGGAAAAUCGCAUCAUUGAAUGGCACCCUCGUCGGAGUCCAUUUGAGUCUCUACAGGUCCUUCUAAUAUCUGAAAAACAUUUGGAGCUCUGGGCAGAUCUUUUAAUGAUGGGAGGGGCAUCUUCUGUGCGUCAACAUAGUGCUACUGCCCAGAAUAAAGAUAUUGCAGUCGGUGUUUAUAACCUGCUUGUGACAGACCCGUCCUGCUCAGAUUCUGUUCUGAAGUGUGCAGCAGCCCUGGAAAUUCCAGUUGUUUCUCCAGAGUGGGUAAUCCAGAGCAUAAUUGUUGGCGAGCGCCAGGAUUAUGAUGCACACCCCAAAUACAAAUAUAACUACUCUCCAAUGUAACGGAUUUCAGUCUCCCAGAAUGUUCCUUUUUUGUCUUUUAAAUUUAUUUUAGUCUUUUGAAAGGUCAGUGAUUGUAAUUGUUCUUAUGCAUGCAUUUUUGUACAUAAUUUUAUCUGUUGCCAUUUUUAUGAAAACAUUAAACUGUGAUGGUUUCAUUCUC